CGCGGAGAAACGAGCAAAAACAUCGAGCAAGAGUUUAAGAGCUGGACUUGCACCUUCGAGGACUCCCGUUGUUCAACAGUGCUGAAGAUAUUUCACAAGAUCCUCAGUUGGAUGGUGGAGUGAGGAAUUGAUCGUUUUUGCAAUCUUCUACAUCCUUCCUAAUGGACCAGAACAGCUCUGAAGUGGGCUUAGAAGUCAUCAUGGCUAUGAACCAACUCCUAGACCUCCCGCCAUCCCAAAUGCCCCCUAAAGCCCUGGAGGCCUCUGUUAUGACACCGUGGGACAUCACCUUGUGUGUAUCCGGAGUGUUGAUUUGCUGCGAAAAUGCAAUAGUUGUGGCCACCAUUUUUUCCUCGUCAUCUCUGCGUGCGCCAAUGUUCUUGUUGAUUGGGAGCCUGGCAUGGGCGGACUUCCUGGCGGGGGUGGGGCUACUUCUGCACUUCCUGUCUCGCAGAUGUGUGUAUUCAGAAGCGCUAGAACUGGGCAGUGUGGGUUUAUUAGUGAGCGCUCUUAGUGCGUCAGUGUUCUCCUUAUUGGGGAUCACUCUGGACAGGUUUUUGUCUCUACAUCGUGCGCUGACCUACGGAUCCCGGCGCACACACACUCAAACGCGCUGCGCUCUGGCCGUCGGAUGGACUCUUGCUGGUCUUCAAGGUGCACUUCCGGCUUUAGGGUGGAACUGUCUGCAUGACGGAGAUUCCUGUAGUGUGCUUCGACCUUUGACCCGAGUGCACUUAGCCACCCUGUGCGGUGGAUUCCUGCUAACGUUAGCACUGAUGCUGCAGCUGAAUGCACGCAUCUGCCGAGUCGUGCUUCGCCAUUCUCAUCAAAUCGCCCUCCAGAGGCACACACUCCCGUCCGCACGCACACACACCCGCCGCCGGGUUCACACUCUGGCACUCAUCCUUGCCACUUUCGCCAGUUGCUGGAUACCAUUCGCUUUAUACGGCCUCCUGGGCGACGGUUCGUCCCCUGCUUUGUACACUUACGCCACGUUGGUUCCAGUGACAGGAAACUCUCUGUUGAACCCGCUGAUCUAUGCCUACAGGAACACACACAUCCAGAGAGUGCUACGACAGACUGUGUGCUGCUGUCUGCCAAACACACCCAACAAAAACACACACACUCCCAGCGACGUCUGAACUCUGGAAGUUCUUGAAACGAUUAUUAUGGUGCCAUACGAGAGUCUACAGGGUGCGCUCUGAAAAAUGCUGGGUAAAAUAUUGGGACAGUUUAAAAUGUUGGGUUAAAUUUGGUCUUAUAAAUGUUAUUUUUUAAAAAGUCAUUCAGUGGUUCACUUUAGAAAGUGACUAGUUGACUACUUAAAACGAAUAAGUACAACCAUUGUUUUAAAAGAGAUAAGUUGCCUCUAAAAGCAUUGGGUUUACUCACUUUAAGGAAAGCGAUUAGUUGACGAGUUAAAAAAGUGAGUGAACCCAUUGCUUUUAAAGCGAUUAGUUGACUCAACUUAAAUAAACCCAUUGCUUUUAAAGCGAUUAGUUGACUCAAUUUGAAUAAACCCAUUGCUUUUGAAUUGAUUAGUUGACUCAACUUAAAAAAGUGAAUAAACCUGUUGCUUUUAAAAGCGAUUAGUUGACUCAACUUAAAGUAAACCCAUUGCUUUUGAAGUGAUUAGUUGACUCAACUUUAAAAAGUGGGUAAACCCAUUGCUUUUAAAGUGAUUAGUUGACUCAACUUUAAAAAACUGAGUAAACCCAUUGGUUUUAAAGUGAUUAGUUGACUUGACUUAAAAAACUGAGUUAACCCAUUGCUUUUAAAGUGAAUAGUUGAUUCAACUUAAAAAACUGAGUAAGCCCAUUGCUUUUAAAGUGAUUAGUUGAUUCAACUUAAAAAAACUGAGUAAACCCAUUGCUUUGAAAGUGAUUAGUUGACUCAACUUAAAAAACUGAGUAAACCCAUUGCUUUUAAAGUGAUUAGUUGAUUCAACUUAAAAAACUGAGUAAACCCAUUGCUUUUAAAGUGAUUAGUUGAUUCAACUUAAAAAACUGAGUAAACCCAUUGCUUUUAAAGUGAAUAGUUGAUUCAACUUAAAAAACUGAGUAAACCCAUUGCUUUUAAAGCGAUUAGUUGACUCAACUUAAAAAACUGAGUAAACCCAUUGCUUUUAAAGUGAUUAGUUGACUCAACUUAAAGUAAACCCAUUGCUUUUAAAACGAUUAGUUGCCUCUACUUAAAGUAAACCCAUUGUUUUUAAAACAAUUAGUUGACUAUGCAAAAAAAGUAAACACAUUGCCUUAAAAUCAUUAAAUUAUGUGUAUAAUUACAAAAAAUAAAAUUAACAGGUUUACUCACUUUUACUCACUUUACUAAAGUAAAGACAACCUUUCGCUUUUAAAGCAUUGGGUUGACAAUGUUUUUUUAAAGUAAAGUAACUAAUAGUUUUCUUUUACAGUUUUGGUGUUGUACUUAUUUUACCCAAAAUUGGGUUGAAAUAAUCCAGCAUUUGUAAAAAUGUGGUGAAAAACAACUCGGCAGUAUUUUAUAGCUAUAGAACUCGUAGCAUCAUGAAGAAAACAGUCAGUAGGUAGUAAAGAUUUCAUAUUUCCCAUUUCAGUUGCACAGGCAUUGGCCUCCAAAGGCAGUAUAAGAAAUAUGAACAUUGUUACUCAUUUUUAAAGGGGCAGUUCACACAACAUUUUAAAUUUACUCCCUUGUUGCAAACCUCCUUGAAUUCCUUUAUUUCACAAAAGAAGACAUUUUGAAGAAUGUUGAAAACUCGUAGCCAUUGACUUCCAUUAAAAUUCAAACAGGUUUGCACUAAGUGAAUGGUGAGUAAAUAUUCAUAUUUGGGUGAACUACCGCUUUAACGCCCAGUUAUUUUUCACCCACCCUGUCUUACACAUUUUCUGGUUUUUCCUGUUUGGGAGAAUCACUGUGUCAAAUCUGCUGUCUAAAUGGUGUUAACGGAUUACUCUCCAUCAUUUUAUUUAAAUCUUAAAAUGUUCAUGUAAACGUGUGUCCUUUUUUACUGAAGACUGCCACUGUAUCCUUUUAACUACUGUAGUUGCCAACUAAAGGGUCCGAGCAGAAACCCUCCUCUCCGCUUACAUGUCUCAGAUUUGUGCCUCAUUUUUUUGUCCUCUGAAGUCCUGUUUCAGAGUUUACUGAUGGAAUCAAAAUCAUUUGCACUUUACGACAAUGACUUGACUUUUAGGCUGAAACUUUGUUUUUAAUGAUCAAAUUGUAUGCCAUUUGUUAUUCUGACUGAUGGUUUUAUACGUCAUAAAUGUCUCGUUUGCACUUACAAUGUAUAAAUGUUGCACAAAAGUCUGUCCAAAUGAGUGAAUGUUUUAUUGUUGAAAUGAUGAGAUGUUUUAUG